AGAUAAAGGAAGUAGCUAGCUUGAUAGCUAGCUAGCUAACGACGACAAAUAUAUAAAGCCACCAGUCUCGCCUCGAAGAUGGAGGUGCCGUCCUACCAGUCGAAGCUGCUGUGCGAGCUGAACGAGCAGAGAAAACGUGACUUCUUCUGCGACUGCAGCAUCAUCGUGGAGGGGCGGGUCUUCAAGGCGCACCGCAACGUGCUGUUCGCCGGCAGCGGCUACUUCCGGGCGCUGCUGGUUCACUUCCUGCAGGACAGCGGUCAGCGGCACAGCACGGCCUCGCUGGACAUCGUCACCUCCGAGGCCUUCUCCCUCAUCCUGGACUUCCUCUACUCGGGCCGGCUGGACCUGCGCAGCGACAAUGUCAUUGAGGUGAUGUCGGCUGCCAGCUACCUGCAGAUGACCGACGUGGUCAGCUUCUGCAAGGCCUACAUCCGCUCGUCGCUGGAGAUUUGCAACAGGGAGAAGGAGAGGGAGCGAGAGCGGGAGAAGGAGAGGGAGAAGGAGAAGGAGGGGCUGGCGGACAGCGGCUCUCCUGCCCAGGCCUCCCACGCCUCCACCUCCCAGACUGACGGAGGGGAGCACUCGGGUUCGGACGUGCCCAGCUCGGCCGCGCCUGGCCUGGCCUCCGCUCUCCCACUUGCCCCCUCCACCCCGCUCGCCGCCAGCAGGGACUCAGAGAGCGAGAGCUCCAGGGGGGAGUUUCCCAGCUUCCACCCCAUGGACCUAGCCAUCCGGAGCAGCCAGGGGGACAAGGCCAACUCCUCCCGCUUCCUCCUGGGGCUGGUGCACCCCAAGACGGAGUUCGACCCCGACGAAGAAGGGGAGGCCUCCCCAGAGCGCAAGGACAUGCCCCUCUUCCAUGCCCCACCCCACGACGACGACAGGCCCCACCCUUCCAGCCAGACCCCCGGCAACGAGCCCUCCUCACUGCCUUACGACAACUACCACAUGAAGCAGUUCCUGGAGGUGUUCCUCAGAGGCGGGUCGGACCCGCGCCGGGAGGAGCUGGUCCAGCACUUUGCCCAGAGUCUGGGCGGCGGGGACGGGGGCAGCCGUAUGGAGGAGGGGCUGGGGCUCGGAGGAUCCUCCAUCAUGGAGAUACAGAGCGAGUGGUACGGCGAGGACACAGGGGAUGGGCUGGUGGUGCCGGUGAAGCUGCACAAGUGCCCCUUCUGCCCCUACACGGCCAAGCAGAAGGGCAUCAUGAAGCGGCACAUCCGCUGCCACACCGGGGAGCGGCCGUACCCCUGCGAGACCUGUGGCAAGCGCUUCACCCGGCAGGAGCACCUGCGCAGCCACUCCCUCAGCGUGCACCGCUCAAACUGGCCCAUCGUCUGUAAGGGGUGUCGCCGCACCUUCACAGGGGCGGUGUCCCACGGACUGAAGCGGUUCGGCCUCUGCGACGGCUGCACCUGCGUCACCACCACCCAGGACGACUCCGCCCCCAUCAACCUCAGCAGCCAGUCGGAGGGCGCCGAGCGCAGCGACGGGGACAGCGAUUGGCCGAUUUACAUGGACGACGCGGAGGAGGCGGAGCCCAGCGGUGGCGACGACGACCUGGAGGACAAGCAGGAACUUCAGAGGCAGCUCUCGGAGAAUGAGGGUCUAUUGUAGGGUGGCAAAAACAAUCUCACACCCCCACCCAUGCAAUCAUGGGAAGCAAAA